UGAUGACGUUCUCGCAACGGAGCGAUUCUGUUUCGAAAAGGUCAGCUAAGCACACAUCGUACGCAGCCACAUAUAUUUGAGACGUUUACGCCAGCUACAUCUGCGUCGCAUUUACGCAUAUUCCUCAAAUCCAAACCAAACGAGAAACGGUGAAAAAUCAGCGGCCGAUCUGCGCCUCUCCGGUUCCUUGCUGCCGCACCGAGCCCAUCAGCAUCACCUUAAACCCCCUACACAAAUCCACAGGCGUGUGAGAUCUGGUAAGGGUGGUGGUUUUACCGGAGCUCGGUCCGGACCAGCGCAGGAUCGGUUCGGAUCAGGAAGCGAUGAGGGGGAAAUGACAAUGAUGAGCAUCUAACGACUCAAAGAACAACAGAACCACACAAAGAAAGAGCAUUUCCUCUGUUUAUACACAGAGAAACGGAACCGAUCCGGUUCGGUUGGAGAGUGGGAUUAGCUUUAGCUUUAGCAUGACAACAGGGAUGCGCUGAUUCGGAUCUAUUUCAUCCUCAUUUCACAGGGUAGCGAAUGUCACGGCCGUCUCCAUGGAGUUUUCUCAGAUGACACGUCUGUUCACUGUGCAGGGGCCUGGGGCAUGGUGACUGCUGUCCGUCAGCCAGAGCAGCGGCAUCUAGCGCGAGCCUUCUGGUCCUGAAGGAAGACGUCUAGGUGGCGGCGUGGACAGGAGGACGAAUCCAGGACAGAGUGCGCGAGAGACAUGGGGCAGUGUGUGACUAAAUGUAAAAACCCCACGUCCUCUUUAGGCAGCAAAAGUGGAGAAAAGGAAUCUGGGAAGUCUCAUGGAAAGAAGGGUGGUGGCGGAACGGGGGGCGUGCCCAAGGAGGAAGCUUCCGCCAAGUCCUCCGCCGACAUCAUAUUCAACGGCAACAAAGUGAUCAUCGUGGAAGGCAUCAUGGCUCCACCCACAUCAGUGGGUGAGGUGUGGCAGGAGCUGCCCGCACUGAACGCGGAAGGCUUGUCGCUUGGGCGGAUUGAGGAGAUGUUCUUGUGUUAUAAGGACGAGCAUGAAGAUGCCAUCUUGGAGGAGGGAAUGGAACGGUUCUGCAACGAUCUGUGCGUCGAUCCGGCUGAGUUUAAAGUGCUGGUGCUGGCGUGGAAGUUCCAGGCUGCUACAAUGUGCAAGUUUACAAGGAGGGAGUUUGUCGAUGGCUGUAAGGCAAUCCAGGCCGACAGUAUUCCGGGGAUCUGCUCGCGUUUCUCUGUGCUGCUAGAGGAGUCUCGUGGAGAAGAGAGCUUCAAAGAUCUCUACCGUUUCACGUUCCAGUUCGGUCUGGAUGCCGAGGAGGGCCAGCGCUCGCUGCAGCGGUCCAUCGCCAUCGCGCUGUGGCGGCUCGUCUUCACACUGGACACGCCCCCUGUGCUGGAGCGCUGGCUGGACUUCCUGUCGGAGAACCCGUGCGCUGUGCGCGGCAUAUCUCGAGACACCUGGAACAUGUUUCUGAACUUCACGCAAAGCGUCGGCCAGGACCUCAGCAACUACAGCGAGGAAGAGGCCUGGCCCAGCCUGUUCGACUCGUUCGUGGAGUGGGAAACGGAGAGACGUAGGAGGGAACGAGCGGACACCACAGAGACGCCGUCCACCACAGACUGUGUGGGCGCCUCGAUGUGGCCGACAACUUGAGGGUUUUCGUUUUUUGGGAUGGGCGGUGAAUUCUGGACUAUGACGUGCGGAGAUGUUUCUGAGCCCGUCACUCUCCAUCCGAAUUUGUGAAUUGUUAUAAUUAUUAUGAAAUUUUUUGGUCUUAUUGCAUUGGGCAUCCCAGUGCGCUCCCUUUGACUUUUGUUUUAAUGAAAGGGCUCCAAAUUAACUGUUUUUUUAAGCACUUUUAUUUAAGUUAUUGUUUUAUUUUUUCGCUAUUGGUAUUUUAAAGGAAUAGUUCACCCAAAGAUGAAAAUUCUGUCAACAUUUACUUUCCAAGUGACUUUCUUUCUUGCGUGGAACACAAAAGGCGAAUUUUAAUUUGUUGCUUUUUUUCUCCAUAUAAUGAAAGUGAAUGAGGACUUAGAGCUGUCAAGCUCCAAAAUGAGACAAAAAAACCACACCAUAAAAGAAGUCCAUAUGAAUUGUGCACUAUAUUCCAAGUGUUUUAAAGUAAUUAAAUCCCUUUGUGUGAGAACUGGCUGAAAUUUAAAUCUUUAUUCACUGAUAAUCUUCUCCAGUGGGCUUUUAACACUUUCACACACUGGUAAACAGUGACGAGGUAUUCUUAAAUUAACCUUGUGUGCUCCAGAAAAAAGAAAAGAAAGUCAUAUAGGUUUAGAACAACAUGAUGGUGAGUAAAUGAUGACAGAAGUUUCAUUAUUGGCUAAACAUUUCAUUUCAUUUGUUAAAAUGUUCACAUUUGUGACUUCACACCUCCAGAGUGGUUUCUGCAAAGAUUCUCCCGAUUGCCUCUUGAAAAUCUUGGGAAUGACCAACACGCCAAAGAAAAGGGAAUUCCGUCAGCUGCCUACCGAGCUUGAACACACACACACACACACACACACACACAUUCAUCCACAAACACAACACUUGCCACACACGCACGCAAAUACCAGCAUAAACACUGUAUGGGACGUUGAGUAUCAUUUUUUUUUUUUUUUUUUUUUUAUGGUUUUCAUUUAAUUGCAACGUGUGUGACAUUGAUUUUGGUUCAAUUUAUCAACACACUGUUCGGAUGUACUGACGGCACAAGUGUCAUUUCUCACGUGCUUCCCUGCUCAUUUCUGACUUUAAUUCUUUAACAUUAAUGUCUCUCCGAUGAAUUUAAUCUGCUCAAAUAUUCUCCCCAGACAGGAGUGUGCGUGUGUCGGAAAUGCAGAUUAAUUUGCAGUUUGAGGGCUUUUUCAUUUUAAUUUACAGUUUACAAUUAUGAUUGCAUAAGUGAUUUCAUUUUAGUUUUUUUUGUGUCUGGUUUUAUAUAAAUGAU